AUGCAAAGCCGUAAUACGAUGGACAGUGGCGAGCCGGGAAGUGAGCGUGGUGGCUCACUGCGAAGGGAUUCUGAUGCCGAUUUAGACUCUCUCAAUGAUAAGAUAACGAGAGUAUUGGAAGAGAGGGAUGCACAAAAGAAAAAGAUUAAAAAGCUCGAAGCGGCGCUUCAGCGAGAAAUCGCUGAAAAAAAUGAACUGAAAAUGCAAUAUGAACGCUUGCAAAAGAAUGUGGUAGAGCCAAAAGGUCGCCACAAAAAGGCGAUACUCAAGAAUGACACAACUCGUGAGGAAAUUCAAAAGAUGAUAACAACUAAAAAUAUGGAGUUGCGAGAGGAAUUGUUGAAAAUCGGCAUGCAAUGGAGAAAUGAAAUCAACAAGCAAAUUCUCGAAAUGAAACAGUCUCAGGGGGAAUUGAAAAAGGAUAUGCAAUGUCUGUUUUCAGUUGUGCGCGGGCAGAAUGAAGAUUUGAGGACGCCUAGACUGCACGAUUUCGACAGCGGUGAAGACCUAGAUCGAGCCCUGCGUUUAACCGAUAACAUUCCCCAUAUGUUACCGGUCUCUUGUACGAUUAAGUUAUUUAUUUCGCCGGGCUUCAUUCGUCUGCUCGGAUACCCGUCGAACAAUCCAGCUGUGUGGUUCGGCGCCAUUCCCACUGCAUAUGAUUUUGUUGGUAUUUUUAUGUGGGCGAAUCCACUGGAAAGCAUCGCAGAGAAGACACUCAAAAAUGUGAUCAAGCAGUUCAGUGAAUGUUACGAGAUGAAACAAGGCGAACAUGGUUUAUUCUCUCCAAGUACUAUAUCAGAUAAAGUUAUUCAAUUUUGCAAUCAACUAACAAAAAGUGAAUGGAAGUACGGUCUGUCAUAUCAACUGUUCUACAUGAACGAAGAACAGCAAAAAAGUGCGAGUCAAAUGAAAUUGGAAUUGCCGACGCGAUACCGAUUCGAUAACGUGAAUCCAAGUUCAGAUGCUCGGAUCAUCGCGAAACAGGAUGACGAUAUUGAAGAUAACGAAACCAACAUCGAAGUAUUAAGGAAGUGGUUUGACUGUGUGCCAUGUGUAGCGGUUCGUUCUGGAAAUAAACUGAAACGUGUUUGGGCCUCCACACCACUCGGGUUCUAUAAAUUUAUUUCUCUCUCGAAAGAGGUCGAAUCAACCGUCAAAAUGCGACUCUGCCAAGAUUGUAUCAGCAAAAAAUUCUGGCCAUUCGUAACGAUUAAGGCGAACGAUGAAGAUGGGUUGAAGGAAUACAACGAAUCGGAUUUAUGGACACGUCUCGACGAUGGGGAUGGCAAUCCAGUAAUUUGGAACGUGAUACAUUGA